AUGGAGAUCCUGCAAUCCCAAACUGACUACUACUACAUAAAGGACUAUUUAGGAAGAGGGACUUUUGGAGAGGUGGCUAAGAGCUGGAAGAUAAGUACUGGGGAACAUGUCGCAAUCAAAAUGCUAAAGAAUAAUCCUUCCAAAAAAGGCCAAAUUCUCAACGAGAUUAAAAUGCUCAACGCCUUGAGAGACGUGGAUUCAGAGAAGUAUCACAUAAUUCGCUUCUAUGAGUUUUUCUAUGACUAUAGUAAAGUUUACUUGGUUUUUGAGCUGCUUCAGCAAAGCCUGUAUGACUACCAGGAGAAGAAUAACUUCUCUCCCCUUCCAGUUAGGCACAUAAGGACUAUCACCACUCAGGUCCUAAUAGCUCUGGCCAAGCUAAAAGAGAUGUCAAUCAUACAUACCGACCUAAAGCCUGAAAACAUAAUGCUUGUGGACCAGGUAAACUAUCCAUUUAGAAUCAAACUGAUUGAUUUUGGUUCUGCAAGCCUUCUUAAGGAGGUCCGACAUAUCAAAAAACCUUAUGCUCAGACACGGCCCUACAGGUCUCCAGAAAUUCUGCUGGGGUUGCCAUUUUGUGAAAAGAUGGAUAUGUGGUCUCUGGGGUGUAUUAUUGCCGAACUACAUCUUGGAUGGAUUCUGUACCCUGGAGGCCAUGAAUAUGAUCAGAUUCGGUACAUCUGUGAAACGCAAGGGAUGCCGAAGAGCCAAAUGUUGUCUGAAGGAAGAAAGACAUUUAACUUCUUUAAAAAAACAUUAUAUAAGCAGAAGGAGAGCAUGUGGGAACUCAAAUCAAAAGAAGAAUACUGGCUUGAAACCAAAAUUAAACCAUUAGAAACCAGAACCUGGAUCUUAAAAUCUUUGGAUCAGCUCAAGUUACUGAAUGCUCCUCCCACUUCCUUUUACUCAGACAUUGAGGCAUUGGCUGAAUACAAUGACAGAAGCAAUAUGAUUGAUCUUUUGAAAAGGAUGCUAACAUGGGACUCUAAAGAGAGAAUAACUCCUAGAUCAGCCAUGAUCCACCCAUAUAUUUCACUCCUGGAGAUGAAAAUUAAAUUUGACAACACCAAAUAUUUUCUAUCCAGUCUGCAGAGUCUCCAGAGCAUGAUUAGAAAAAAGCAAAAUAAACAGAUCAUCAUAAAGCAAGGGAAUGACAACUUACACAACCUACUUGGUCAUCACUAA